UAGAUAUAAGUUCUGUAUGUGGAUUUGAGAGAUGUAAGCAUGUUGGAGAGAAAUGAAGAUCAACUAAAAAUUGAUCAUCACAUUGAAAAAUGUGUAGAACAAGCUUUUAUAUGUAUUACUGAAUCUGCAGCACCGUACUACGGAACAAAAAUCGGAUCUUUCAAAACUUACGUUCACGACGUUGUGGGAGACGUUUAUGCAGUGGAUGAUCGAACAAUUUUCAUUAAAGGAUUUUCAUACGAUGGGCAAGGACCAGAUGCCUACUUUUGGGGAGGCUCUUCAUCAAAACCAGACACAUCUGGCUUUAUAAUACCUGAUGAAAAAGGAAAAAAAACUCCCCUAAAGGAGUACAGAUUUAAAGAUUUACUAUUAAGGCUGCCUGCUGGUAAAACUCUAAGAAACACCAUUUGGAUAUCAGUUUGGUGCAGAAAAUUUUCCGCGAACUUUGGUGAGAUUUUUAUCCCUGAAGAUCUGCUCAUACCGCAACCUGUGGAAAUUGGUAGAAUUCCAACAAAAGAACAUGGUGUCUCCUCUGGACCAGUGAUGGUGGUAGAUACGCAGACACUUCUUGUUCCUGAAUUUACUUAUGACGGACUUGGACCAGCUGCCUAUUGGUGGAUUUCUAGAGGUGCCAGACAACAUCCCAGAGGUCUUAGACUAGCAGAUGAAAAUGGAAGCUAUACCCCUUUGAGAAAAUAUACCGGGAAAACUGUUGUCAUUACUUUGCCUGAUGAACACACAAUCUACGACUACGACUGGUUUGGAGUCUGGUGUGAAGAAGCAAGAGUUGAUUUUGGCAGCGUUGCUUUGCCACAGAAUAUUGUUGUUCCUCCUUCGCCAAGAACAUUAGGAAUUGAACUAGAGUACAAAUUGAAUUGCGAAGUACUGCAUGAUGACAUUGGAUAUGAAAUCAGGUGGAUAAUGGACGGUGAGGACAUUGUCAUGCAGUUUGUUGGAAGAAUAGAACCUGGUGAAUAUAUGUCUUUCGGACUGAGCAAAAAUGAUACUAAAUCGGAAAUGAUAAAAGCUGAUGCUAUUGUUGCUUGGAUCGAUAAAAAGAGAAAAGGACAUGCUGUGGAUUACUAUUUGGGAAAUAAAGAACAAUGUGUUGGAAGAGGAGGAAGAGGAAGUUGCCCUGAUGUCAAAUAUCCCGAUGGUCAAGACAGCGUGACUUUACUCAAUGCCGUAGUUGUGAAUGGAUAUACAAUGAUUACAUUAAAGAGACCGCAAGUUGGGUUGGAUGAAAAAUACGACCAGCAUAUCUAUUCCGAUGGACCACAGGCAAUUGUUUGGGCUGUAGGACCACUGAAUGAUAAAAAUGAAGUAUCGUAUCAUGGUAUUUUAAGGUCUGAAGGGGAUAUUUACAUUGAUUUUGCGAGACCACCAGAAUGGAAUUGUCCUCAACCAGCUGAUCCAGAUCAAGUCCAGCAACCGACUCCAAGCACGACAACGACUACAACUACCAAGAAGCCGACAAAACGACCUUCAGCACUGGAUCGCUCCAGGAAACCAAAGCCAACUUCAGAAUCUUCCCGCCGAAAACCACAACCCAUAGGACCCAGAUAUGCCAGUAGGGCUUCUGACGUAAGGCUUAGUGCUUCGAAUGUAAAUACGGCAUGGAACGUACCUCCUAUCAUGUGCCCAUCAGAUGCAACUUUCCGCGCGCAGAUUGGACCAACUGGUGGAAAGAAAGGAUAUCAAUCAAUCACAGGUGACGUUGGAUGGGGUAUUGCUUGGUACAUUAAUGGAGUUUUGAUACCAGAAAUCACAGUUGAGAGAGGAAAAACGUACACAUUCAUAGUAGAAGGUGGAAAUGAUCCAGAGAACCAGGCUAAAUCCCAUCCACUUUAUAUCACUGACGAUCCUGAGGGAGGUUUUGAAUACAAAACUGCAGCAGAAAGAAGAAAAGUCAAAGUGUAUGCAGGUGUUUCGAAAGACAGAAGAGGAACUUAUUCGGCAACUGCAAUGGGGCGUUUAUGUGAAUAUAAGCUACCAAAUGAUGUUUCUUCAGAUGAGUUUGACACUUUUGAUGAGUUUCAAGAAAGUCUCGAGCUAAAAUGUGAGAGAGGAAAAGCAGGUAGAUUGACAUUUAAGCCAGAUAAAGACACUCCAGACCUGUUGUAUUACCAGUGCUAUACUCAUCGUCACUUGGGCUGGAAAAUACACGUUGUAGACUCCUGCUCCGAGAAUAAAGGUCUCCGUCAUGAAGCUAGUAUCCAACACAUCAGAAACGUCACUUACAAUAUGUUUACUGAUGACUUAAAGCGAGAAGGGGAAAAGAAAUCAGCAUCAGAGGAAAACUCGAAUGUAGAUUAUGGUCGACCUGAUGAAAUUCCUUUUGACUCGUACAGUAAACAUAAGGAAGAUGAUAAGGAUUUUGUUACAGAAGAUCCUGAGGACAGGAAGCGGUUAUAUUAUCGGCCUUCCACUUCUUACUAUAGUUCACAAAAAUACUACUAUCCUUCAUCGACAAAAGCUCCACCCAGUAGUUUAUACUACCAGCCAUCCACAAGUAGCUAUAAAAAAUAUUUCUAUUCAACAGCCGACUCAAGAAGUUAUUAUAAAACUAGUACCACUACUCGUCCACCUACGACCAGGACAACCACGAAGAAACCAACACCAACAAUGGAAGCAUUUAAAAUGCGUGACGUUGUUGACCUAAAUAAGAAAAAAGUUAACUACUAUAUUAAUACACCUCCAACGCAAAAGCCAGCCAUCCAAACAAUAGUACUGAAUCCUGGACAACCGGGAAAUCUGAAGUUGAGGGUGUUCAUAAGUACUCCAUCCCCAAAACCAACACAGUCUUCGUACACAUACGUGAAAGGACAUUCGCAAUGGUGGAAUCAACCAACUCAGAGCAGUGCAUCGCACCAGAAAGCGAUUAAUACUCUUAGAACCCAGCUAUCUGCUAUUCAAAAUUCGAAACAAGGACCUUCGCAUGCUGUAAGCAAUCCAUCUUAUGUGAGACAACCUUUUAAUACGCAUUACGAAAAGAGUUUUAUUCCCGUCGUCAUAAAACACAACAGCACAUUUGAUUCUGUUGUAUCCAGAGCACCUUCGCAGAAUCCGCAUUUCCACCAACAUGUAAAUCCACCAACUCAGAUUCUGGCAUUAUCGACAACAAAUCACAAUGGGAAAAGCAUUGUCCCCGUCUUAAUAAAAGCAAAAGAAACCAUCAAGAGGACAAGCACCGACACCAACAGAAACAGAGGCAUUCAAACCCCACUUGGUAACCUUCCUUAUCCUAAUUCACCCCAAAAGAAGAAACCUCAACCAGACGCUUCUGCAAAACCUGGUGAUCCUUCUUUCCUCCCUCUUCUUGUUCCUCAGAAGCCGUCCAACAAAUCAUCAACUAGUGCUAAAAAGAAGAGCACAGCACCGUUGAUACCAUUGGUGAUACCAGAAAAGAAAGAGGAUAAUUUAUACAUAUUGCACCAAAUGCUGUCCCUUCUGAAUGAAAAUCCACAAAGUAUUGCAGCUCGUGGGAUAAAAAUCGUUGGUACUUCUGAUAAGAAUAUUCGCACCAGGGUGAUCAGAAGUGCCGAUCAUAACCACGAACAUUCCAUGGCAGGCCAUGAGUCCGGAGAUCAUGAUCAUAAUCAUGAAGGGCAUGAUCAUAAAGAUCAUUCAGAGAAAUCAAGUGCUUCUAAGUACUCUUUAAGCAGAUUUUUAUUCCUGAGUGCAAUACUUUUUCUCAGGUAUUUCAAGAGAAUGCUUUUUUAAGAAGAGGAGAACGUAUUUUUACGUUCACCAGCCAAAAGUCAUUAAUUUAAAUCAUGUAUAUUGUAUUAUAUUUUGUAGUAUUUUAUUAUUUACUGAUGUAUCUGAAAUUACUUAUCAUUCGCGUACGAAAACUGACAAACGCUCAGGAUCAAAUACCACAAAAUAUACCUGUUGAUCAGAAACAAACUUUUUUUCACAAUCAUUUGUUUUCAAUAUUUUAGUACUCAAAAGCCAUCUCUUUUAUUAACACACAUCAGUCUUGCAGCAUAUUUUAUUUCAUCGUUCAUUUUUUC